AAUCUUAAAUCCCCCAAUUACAAUUUUUCUUGGUCCUCAAGUCUUAUUUAGUAUUUAGAGGAAACUAAGGAAACAAUUAAUUACAACAUCCCACCCCCCGCCCCCCACCCUAUUCUGCUCUGCUAUCUCAACAGAGAGAGAGAGAGAGAGAGAGGGGUGGUAUGUAGUUGAGAGAGGGAGCUGAGGAAGAUGUCUGGUGGUGGGUGCAGCAUAGUAUGGUUCCGGAGAGAUCUGAGGGUAGAGGACAACCCAGCACUGGCUGCUGGAGUGAGAACAGGUGCAGUGGUUGCAGUCUUUAUAUGGGCUCCUGAGGAAGAAGGGCAUUUCCACCCAGGGAGGGUCUCUAGGUGGUGGCUCAAUCAGAGUUUGGCUCUCCUCGACUCCUCCUUGAGGAGCCUUGGCACUUCUCUCAUCACCAAGAGAUCUACUGACAGUGUUUCUUCUCUCCUGGACAUUGUCAAAUCUACUGGUGCUACCCAUCUCUUCUUCAAUCACUUAUAUGAUCCUCUGUCUCUUGUUAGGGAUCACCGUGCAAAGGAGGCUUUAACUGCUCAAGGCAUAGCUGUCCGGUCCUUCAAUGCAGAUUUGCUUUAUGAACCAUGGGAAGUUAAUGACGCCCAAGGUCACCCAUUCACAACCUUUGCAGCUUUCUGGGACCGAUGCCUUAGCAUGCCUUUUGACCCAGAGGCACCUCUUCUCCCACCUAAGAGAAUAAUCUCAGCUGAUGUGUCGAGGUGCCAGUCAGAUGCAUUGGUUUUCGAAGAUGAAUCAGAGAAGGGAAGCAAUGCACUUCUUGCUCGAUCAUGGUCACCGGGGUGGAGUAAUGCUGACAAGGCUUUAACUGCAUUUGCUAACGGACCAUUGAUUGAGUACUCUAAGAACCGUAGGAAAGCUGAUAGUGCUACAACCUCAUUUCUCUCUCCCCAUUUACAUUUUGGGGAGGUGAGUGUGAGGAAAGUUUUCCAUCUUGUGCGUAUCAAGCAGGUCCUAUGGGCUAAUGAAGGAAAUGAGGCUGGUGAAGAAAGUGUCAAUUUGUUCCUCAAGUCUAUUGGACUCAGGGAGUACUCAAGAUACAUGAGCUUUAACCAUCCUUACAGCCAUGAAAGGCCUCUUCUUGGACAACUUAAGUUUUUCCCUUGGGUUGUUGAUGAAAUCUAUUUUAAAGCUUGGAGACAAGGUAGAACUGGUUAUCCAUUGGUGGAUGCUGGUAUGAGAGAGUUGUGGGCCACUGGUUGGCUACACGAUCGGAUAAGGGUUGUGGUUUCAAGUUUCUUUGUAAAGGUUCUGCAGCUUCCGUGGAGAUGGGGAAUGAAGUAUUUUUGGGAUACUCUACUGGAUGCAGAUCUAGAGAGUGAUGCUCUUGGUUGGCAGUAUAUAUCUGGUACUCUACCUGAUGGUCGUGAGUUAGACCGCAUAGAUAAUCCACAGUUCGAGGGUUAUAAAUUUGAUCCAAAUGGAGAGUAUGUACGACGGUGGCUUCCUGAACUUGCAAGACUACCAACUGAAUGGAUACACCACCCCUGGAAUGCACCAGAAUCCGUUCUACAAGCUGCAGGAAUUGAGCUGGGCUCAAAUUACCCUCUCCCCAUUGUAGAAAUAGAUGCAGCAAAGGCCAGGUUGCAAGAAGCAAUUUCAGAGAUGUGGCAACAAGAAGCAGCUUCAAGAGCUGCAAUUGAGAAUGGAACUGAGGAAGGACUUGGGGACUCCUCUGAAUCCACUCCCCUUGCAUUUCCUGAUGACAUCCAAAUGGAGGAAAAUCAUGAACCGGUGAGGAACAGCCCUACCGUGACUCGACGCUAUGAAGAUCAGAUGGUCCCUAGUAUGACUUCUUCUUUCGCGAGGGUUGAAGAGGAAGAACAUUCUAUGGAUCUUCGAAAUUCGGCUGAAACUAGCAGGGCAGAAGUACCAACAAAUACAAAUAUAAAUCAAGAGCCAAGGAGAGAAGCAUUAAACCAGAGGGGUAUGCAAACAGUUCGAAGCAACAAUACUCUUCCACAAUUUAACUUUGCAGUAGGAGUACGAAACGCCGAGGAUUCCACAGCUGAAUCUUCAAGCACUAGCAGAAGAGAGAGAGAUGGAGGUGUAGUUCCAGUUUGGUCUCCCCCAACUACUAGUUAUUCUGAGCAGUUUGUGGGUGAAGAACAUGGCAUCGGAACCAGUUCAUCUUACUUGCAGAGCCAUCCACAGUCUCAUCAGCUAAUGAAUUUGAGGCGGCUUUCUCAAACUGGGUAGGCAUAUUAUCCUUGCUAAACACUUCUAAGGGGAAAAGCAUGCCCACUUAUAUGAAACUGGCUCAGCCGAAAGCUGAACCAGUGGUUGAAAAACUGUAGAAUAAAUUUUAUAUCAAUGAGAAACUUCCUAUAACCACCUCCCCAACUCAGUUUCAGUUGGGAGUGAAUUCACUGAUGAUUUCAUUAUUUGGAUCGGAACUAUACCGGUUCUUGCACUGAGUAGUUCCAGUUAUUCUUCAAAUUUCUCCAACAGCUCUGUUUAUUCUGUUUAAACAGGUAAUGAUAUACCUAUGUGCAUUAUGCAACAACAAAACAAGCUGGCAGAUGAAGAGUUCAUAUGUCGUCACCUAAUCCCAGGCCAUAGGAUGAUAAUCCAGCGGCACAUGUACAUCUUAUCCACCCGUUUUUCUGGUUAGCAGUUCAACCUUACCUUAUUAAUGGUUGAGCUUCCAUAUUGAUAUUUGGUACAGGCAGAACAUCUAUCUUUUUUUCCUUGUACCAUAUUAUGUAGUUCUGGUGUAUAGUAGUGUUAUUGUCAUGAGGGAAAAAUAAGAUAGUCCAAAUAGGGAUGUGUAGUCCUCUAAUAAACCCAGGUUUGUGCCUUUACAAAUUAUUGUUUGGGUAUCUAUUUUUAUUCUAA